AUGUCUACCGCACAAUCCCAAUUCUCAGGCCCCUUCGAUGUGACGGUCGAUGAUUCUGUGAUCCUGACCCAGAUUCUGACAAACAUUAAUUCGUCAAACGUGACUUUGUCCGCCACACCGGGCGCGGGAGAGACCCAGAUUGCAGAUUAUUUGGCAGCAUGGUUGGAUCAUCGCGGAAUUGAAAAUCAUCGGAUCGAGACUGUCAAGGGCCGUCCAUCAAUUGUGGGUGUGGUCAGAGGCUCAGGUGGAGGAAAGUCACUUAUGCUCAAUGGCCAUAUCGACACCGUGAGCUUGAACAGCUACGAGCAUGAGCCUCUAUCGGGCCACAUUCUUGAGAAAGAUGGUCGCCCCGCUAUUUUUGGCAGAGGUGCGUUGGACAUGAAGUCAGGUCUUGCCGCCGAAAUGGCAGCCCUUGCCUCCAUCAAAGCCCGCAAAACCCCCCUCCGUGGAGAUGUCAUUUUUGCCGCUGUUUCGGAUGAAGAAGACGCUUCUCAAGGAACCCAAGACCUCAUCGCCGCUGGAUGGCGCGCGGACGGGGCGGUCAUUCCCGAACCUACCAAUCGUAUUCUCAUCACUGCUCAUAAGGGAUUUAUCUGGGUCGAAGUCGAUAUUCUAGGGACUGCUGCCCAUGGGUCGGACCCAACGACCGGUGUGGAUUCAAUCCUUCAGACCGGAUGGUUUCUCACUGCGCUGGAAAACUACCAAAGUCGCCUACCAGUCGACGACAUUAUUGGGCCUGCAUCUUUGCAUUGCGGUCUGAUCCAUGGCGGCGAAGAACCAUCCUCAUACCCAGCAAAAUGUACCGUGACGGUUGAAUUCCGAACCAUUCCUGUUCAGACGGACAAGUCUAUUCUGCACGAUAUGAAGAGCAUUCUGGCUACAAUUGCCAAGGAUAAGCCCACUUUUAAGUACGCUGAACCUCGCAUCACCUUGUCGCGACCGUCGCAGAAAUUGCCUGUCGAGCACCCGCUGGUCCAACAGACCGCUGCUAUUGCCACCGAUGUCUAUGGAUAUCGUCCUUCCAUUGAGAGUAUGGCUAUCUGGUGUGAUGCUGCUCUUCUGGGUGAAGUGGGAAUUCCAACCAUUGUCAUUGGUCAGGCUGGUGAAGGAUUGCAUGCAAAGGAGGAAUGGGUCGAUAUUGGUAGCAUCAACGAGACGGAGCAAAUCUUUGUUCGGUUGAUUGACGAUUGGUGCCAAUAA